UCUAGCUACCUCCCCGGCCUCCACCCCCCUUCCUCUUUAUCAGUAGUUCUCGCCUCACCACACGGCUAGCAGGCACACGCUUCUUGCUUCCUCUCCUAGCGCUAGAGCUCUGCUUACACACCACCGUCCGCGCCCGCCACCCUUCCCGCCGCCGGCAGCCGCCCACCGAGCGAGCAAGCAUGGAUUUGGUCUCGCAGUCCGAGCACCUGUGCUACGUGCGCUGCACCUACUGCAACACCGUGCUCGCGCUGCAGGUUGGGGUUCCAUGCAAGAGGCUGAUGGACACGGUGACUGUCAAGUGCGGCCACUGCAACAACCUCUCCUACCUCAGCCCACGGCCGCCGAUGGUGCAGCCGCUCUCCCCGACUGAUCACCACCCGCUGGGGCCCUUUCAGGGACCCUGCAAUGACUGCCGGAGGAACCAACCAAUGCCGCUGGCCUCACCGACAUCAGAUGCCAGCCCGAGAAUGCCCUUCGUUGUCAAGCCCCCGGAGAAGAAACACCGCCUCCCAUCUGCUUACAAUCGCUUCAUGAGGGAGGAGAUUCAGCGCAUCAAAGCUGCGAAGCCAGACAUCCCUCACAGGGAAGCCUUCAGCAUGGCUGCUAAGAACUGGGCGAAGUGUGACCCGCGCUGUUCGACGACUGUCUCUACUGCCACUUCCAACAGCGCUCCUGAGCCUAGAGUUGUGCCUGCUCCUCAGGAGAGGGCCAAGGAGCAAGUCAUUGAGAGCUUCGACAUCUUCAAGCAGAUUGAGCGCAGCAUCUAGACCAGAUCAGGUCGACCGAUGGUGCAGUAGCCCAGGAUCGAGCUAGUAUCAUUAGAUAACCGGCCUAUAUAUCCCAUAUCGCCGUUAUAUAUAUGCAUCAUGCAUCCACCCAUCAUCCUGUACUGUUCCUGUUCUUGUUCUUGUUGUGUUGUUGGAGUGUACGCACCUCUUUAAUUAUGAACAGCUGCUACCCUAUAUAAUAUUUGCCGUCCUAUUAUUCCCUAUA